CAUAAAACUUUACGAAGAAGAAGAAAGGAAGCAUCAUGGCUGCUGACAUGAGAUUACCAACUAUUCGAAAACCAGUGUCGUUAUCAGUUUCUGCUUUCGACCGAAAAGAUCUGGUCGUCCCCGGCGAUGUUAUCACUUCAGACACUGGUUUCAUGAGGGGUCAUGGUACCUAUGUUGAUGAAGACAAGCUGACGGCUUCAGUCGCUGGAGAGGUGCAGAAAGUAGACAAGCUUAUCUGUGUCAGACCACUCAAGACCAGGUUCAACGGUGAGGUUGGAGAUGUUGUGGUUGGCAGGAUCACAGAGGUCCAACAGAAACGGUGGAAGGUGGAGACCAACUCCCGGCUGGACUCUGUCCUCUUGUUGUCUUCUGUCAAUCUGCCUGGAGGAGAGCUGAGGAGAAGAUCAGCAGAAGAUGAACUCACCAUGAGAGAAUACCUUCAGGAGGGCGAUCUCAUCAGUGCAGAGGUACAGUCUGUCUUCUCAGAUGGAGCCCUGUCACUUCACACCCGUAGUUUAAAGUAUGGAAAAUUGGGUCAAGGAGUGCUGGUACAGCUUUCUCCUUCUCUGAUCAAGAGGCAGAAAACACAUUUCCACAACCUGCCAUGUGGCGCAUCCAUCAUCCUCGGGAAUAACGGCUUUGUGUGGUUGUAUCCCACACCGGAACAACAGGAGGAGGAAGCUGGGGGCUUCUACACAAGCCUGGAGCCGGUUAGUCUUUCAGAUCGAGAGGUGAUCUCACGGUUGAGAAACUGCCUACUGGCUUUGGCUGCGCACAAGGUCCUUUUGUAUGACACCAGUGUUCUCUAUUGCUAUGAAUCUUCAGUUCACCACCAGGUCAAAGACAUCUUGAAACCAGAAGUGAUGGAGGAGAUUGUAAUGUUGACGCAACAGAAGCUGUUGGAACAGGAAGGUUAAAGAGCACACAUCCUAACUGUAACCUUGUCACAAAACCAAGAUCCCAUCAAGCAGCUAUGUCAGGGACUGACCACCUAACCAAGUCCAGUUUGUUGUGGAGUUGAAUAGCUCUAAGUGUAUUUUCUCUAACAAAACUGUUGUUGUUGUUAUGGAUGUUCUUAAGUUUUACAGAGGAACUGUGAAACCCUUUUCAUUUGAUAAUAUGUGGUGUUAUACAAAAAACUGUUGUAUGCAAUAAAUUUUCUAUAAUUUUCA